AUCAAAGCCUUGACUUUUGCAAUAAACAUGGUGUGUCACGGCAGACAAUAAUAUUCUUUUGAGUUUAAAAAAAGUUUGUAGAAGAAAAACAAUUCAAUUAUAACCUUUUACUUGUCAACAAAAAGUGUCCAUGAAUGUAAUCAACUCAAAUUUAUAUCAUUAUACUAUUCCAUUAUGACGUAAUAUAACCUAAAUUAUUAUCUAUCUCUUUCGCCUAAUGAAUUUUCGUACAACGAAAAUAAUUAAAUAACUAUAUUAUUGUUUUUAAUUAAGUCAAUUGAAAAGCUGAUUAAACAAAUAGCAGACUUGGUCCAGGUAACUGGUCAAAUAAACAGAAACAUUGACUCCAAAUGGGCUGGAUUUCAAUUAGACCAUGCACAACGGGAGUACACGACGAAGCCUUAGCACGAAAACUUAGGUAAAACCAAAUAUAAUAAUAUUACUUAGGUUAAUCGACGUAAGGAUUGGUCCGUGGCUAAGGUUUUUAAGAGAUUGAUCCUUAGCAACGUGUCAACUUCUGAGUGGGACGGGGUCGGUUUGAUUUUGGGUUUGGUUAAAAAAAAAUGGUCAUUCUCGACGGAGACCGAAAAAAAAGGAGAGCUCGAGGAAAGGCAAUAUUUGCCGUUUGAAAUCGAUCGUCUUCACGAAGGUAAAUCGAAGCGUAAAUCUGUAUUUUUGAUCUUUUUAGCUUAGUUUUCAUGUAGAUUCGUCUCAUUUUAGUGUUUCGGGGAUGCGUUUGAAUCGAUUUGGGUUUCGAUUGAAAUUAGGGUUUAGAAAAAAUUUGGGGUUAAAUCGAUUUGGGAUUUAUAUCCAGUAUGGGGGUUUGUAUAAAGGGUUUUGACAUGAUUUUGGUUUCAAUCUAAAGCGGAUUUGUAUCUUAUUUCUUAAACGGUUUCGAAAUGAAAUAUGUUUUCAACGGAAGAGGAUUUUCUCUUUUUUCUCAAGGGUUUCUCAACCUUUUAGGUUUCAUAUGUGUUCGCUUUCUUUGGGUUGGUAAUAUUUUAAAUUCCACAAGAUCCUUGAGCUUUUUUUGAUUUCGUUGCUCUAACUAUGUCGUUUUAAAUUCCAAAAGUUAUUUUUGUAUUUAACUCUGUUUGUUAAUCAUUUGUCUCAGGUUAACCAAAUGGGACAAGAUUACAGCUAUUCUCAGCCUUCUUCAUCAUCAAACUCUAUAGACAUGAGCUCCCUUCUUGAAGCUGAAGCUAAGAUGUACGCGGAUGAAGCUGAGAGUCCCUACUGCAACGCAGAGCCGGAUCAGUUCGCACCUCAACCAGAGGCUGAUGAUGGCAUCCCUACGGCUUGCUACUGUGGUGUUCAGCCUGUUGUGAAAUGCUCUUACACACCUAAGGAUCCAUACCGAAGAUACUUCUCGUGCCCCAAUGUCGAUGAUGGGGGCUGCCACAUAUGGAAAUGGUGGGAUGUGGCUUUAACGGAGGAGCUCAAUGAGGUUCAGAGACAUGUCAGACAGCUCAAGGAUCAAGCUUUUGAGUGUGACCAGAAGCUGCUUAAGCUACAGAAGACGGUGUGUGAGGUGAAGAAGAAAUCAGAGAAUACAAAUGUGGUUGCAUUGGCAGUUUGUGUAAUGGUGCCCGCAAUAGUAUUCAUAGGUUUGGCUGCUAUGUACCUGAGUGGUAAGUAUCUCUCUUGUGCUAUUUGCUUGUUUCUUCAUGACAUUUUUUUAAAACUGUUGACUGUUUGA